CUCAUUGGAAAGACUUUGUAAAACCGCUAGUGCAUGCCUACAAUUGCACGAAAAACAAUGUUACAGGAUACUCACCAUAUGAGCUGAUGUUUGGACGCCAACCUCGCCUACCAGUGGACUUAGCCUUUGGACUGCCAUUGAGUAGGGACGGAUUUACCUCCCAUACGCAGUAUGUGCAGAAGUUAAAGUCCCACCUGGAGGAAAGCUAUAAACUGGCUAGUAGGAACUCAGCUAAGGUGAUGCAACGUAACAAGACUCGAUUUGAUCGAAAAGUUACUGCAUCAGACCUGGACAUUGGAGACAGAGUAUUGGUGAGGAAUGUGCGACUAAGAGGGAAGCACAAGCUCGCAGAUAAAUGGGAGUCAUCUGUGUAUAUUGUUGUGAAGAAAGCCGGCAAUCUUCCUGUGUACACAGUCAGACCAGAAAGCCAAGACAAACCACUAAGAACCCUACAUCGAGACCUUUUAUUACCAUGUGGGUACUUACCAGUUCCUGAGGAGGAAAUACCUACCAGAGACAAAAACAAAUCUCCUGUGUUUUCCCCAGUACCUGCUGCUGAUGAUGACCAAGCAGAGGAUGAACUAAUCAAUCCACCUCUGCACAUUCCACUAUCUUUUGAACCUGUCAAAUUUACAAUUGACCUUGAUCUACCUCCUGCUGAGCAGCCUGUCGACUUCACACAAUUCCCAGGACCUGUCACUGAAGAAGACCGGGACACUGAGGAAGAUGAACCAAAACCUGUGGAAGGAACCACAACUGUUGAAAAGGAACAACUAGCAACAGGCAGUGAGGAACCUGAAAUUGAUUCUGGACAAAUCACUUCUGCAGAGGUCUCCAGAGCUGAUGGAAGUCUCUCUCUGGAUCCUGAUACGCCAGAAUCUGACAAGGCAGGACUUGACAUACAAGAGCUUGAUGUGCCAGACAUUUCCAGCUAUGCUGAAGAACCUCAAGAACCAGUGGAAUCAGUAGCUCUGGAUACUGAAGACCAACCCCUGAGACGUUCCAGCCGUACAAGACAUCCACCAGCUCGGCUACAGUAUACUAAACCUGGCAACCCAUUAUUGAAAAGCAUCCAGACUUUGCUUCAUGGAUUGAGUUCUGCUUUCUCCUUUGCCCAUCAAGCAGAUGAAGAAGAGCAGUUGAUUGCUUCAUACCCCAGCCAGCCACCUAUCUGCUGCCAGCCUACUACAUGUGCGAGGACGUACAUGGGAUCAGGAGGGGAGAGUGUAGCCUGCACAAAAUAAUAACCCCGUAUUUUAUUUUGGCGGGUCAAACCGGACAGCACGCUUUAAAUUCGGGGUCAGAACUGCACUCGGAUCUGCUCAAUUGCUUUUGCUGCUGUCGCUGUGGCUGGCUGCUGGUGUUGGCGUUUUCCUAAAUCGCUGAAGAAUAUUGCAAAAUCGAGCCCAAUUAACACAGCCGAAGGAUUAUAUUGGGUAUAGUCUGACAACUGCUCGACGGUCAGGUUUUUUUUCCACCCCCGGUUUCAACCCAGGAUGGUGAGCUACCAGAUCACCGCAGCUUUGCGGUAGGACUAACUUGGACCAAAUUGCUUUAGUUCUCUGGACCUAUAGCCCUGGAUCAUGGACUAGGGAAAACAAAAGGACCUAGUCGGACUGUGAUUGGUGGAUCAUUAAUCACUCUGCAUGUAAAGUACUGGACUUGAAUGAGAAAAAGAACUCUUGGGUGUUAUCGGGAUUUAUUUAUUUAUUUGUUUAAUUAUUGAUUUAUUUUUGUUGUUGUCUUCUUGUUGUAAUUAUUGUUUAUACU